CGCUAAGCUGCCGGCUACACCAUCAUUCCUUUCCUUGUGUAAAAGCCUCAGAUUGGAGAUUACACCUCAAUCUUAUCUACCUUGAUCUUCCCCCAAACUUUCUCGGGAAAAUCCUUUUGCUUUCUACACAGCCAAACAACGUCUAUCUUUUUUUCCCCGAACAUCCUAGAUGUCGACAUCGGGGCAGCCCCAGUUCCGAUACACCCAAACCCCCUCGAAGGUCCUCCACCUCCGCAAUCUUCCCUGGGAGUGCAUCGAGGAGGAGCUCAUCGAGCUUUGCAAGCCUUUCGGCAAGAUCGUCAACACCAAGUGCAACGUUGGCGCCAAUCGCAACCAGGCUUUCGUCGAAUUUGCAGAUUUAAAUCAGGCCAUAUCAAUGGUUUCAUACUAUGCAUCAUCUUCUGAGCCUGCCCAAGUUCGUGGCAAAACUGUGUAUAUUCAAUACUCAAAUAGACAUGAAAUCGUGAACAACAAAAGUCCAGGAGAUGUUCCCGGAAAUGUCUUGCUGGUUACCAUUGAAGGUGUAGAAGUUGGUGAUGUUAGCAUUGAUGUAAUUCACUUGGUAUUUUCUGCUUUUGGCUUUGUACAUAAAAUUGCUACUUUUGAAAAGGCUGCUGGUUUCCAGGCAUUAAUCCAGUUUAGUGACGCUGAGACUGCAUCUGCUGCAAGGAACGCCUUAAAUGAAAGAAGCAUACCCAGGUAUUUGCUUCCAGAGCAUGUUAAUUCAUGUCACCUGCGUAUUUCGUAUUCUGCACACACUGAUCUGAAUAUCAAGUUCCAGUCUCACAGAAGCAGGGAUUAUACAAAUCCAUAUCUUCCUGUGAAUCCUACUGCAAUUGAGGGUGUUGUGCAGCCUGCACUAGGGCCUGAUGGAAAGAGGAAAGAACCUGAGAGUAAUGUGCUUCUUGCUUCAAUUGAGAAUAUGCAGUAUGCUGUCAAUGUGGACGUUCUGCACACGGUAUUCUCUGCCUUUGGCACUGUUCAGAAAAUUGCUAUAUUUGAGAAGAAUGGUCAAACUCAGGCACUUGUUCAAUACCCUGAUGUUAGUAUUGCAGCAGUUGCCAGAGAAGCUUUAGAGGGACAUUGCAUAUAUGAUGGUGGCUAUUGUAAGCUUCAUCUAUCAUACUCUCGUCAUACUGAUCUCAAUGUAAAGGCUUACAGUGACAAAAGUAGAGAUUACACGAUCCCAGAUGCAAGUUUGCUUGCAUCACAAGUGUCAGGUCUCCCGGGUGCUCCAGCAGUUUGGCAAAAUCCUCGGCCUGGUCCAAUAUAUGCUGGAAAUGAUUAUAAUACUGGCGGUUCUGUUCCUGCUCAGUAUCCUAGCAGACAGAUGGCACCAUGGGAUGCCUCCAUGCAGGCCGGUAGAGCCCCAUUUGGAUCUGUUCCUAGCACUUAUCCUGGACAAAAUUUUGCCGUAGCAACCAGCCAAAUUCCUUCUGCGGUCUCUUCAAUGGGAUUUUCUUCAGGGUUUCCACCAAAUGUGCGACCUGGUGGUGCUUCAUCUUCCAGCCAGCUUCAGCCGGGGAUUCCACCAAAUGUGCGACCUAGCGGUGGUCCGCCUCCUGGUCACCCUACUUAUUAUGGCCAAUAGGGUGCAUCUUCACUUCACGUAAAUGCAAGUUGCUAGCAUUUCUAGUGUCUCGUGCUUGUAUCCCAAAUUCUACAUUUUCAAUUUGUUUAUUGAGGAAACAGUGACGAUCAUGCCCUGUAAGAAGCCUGUGACUGACUAAAUUUUUCAGUGAGGCAUGCUUCCGGAUAUCCCGAUCUUUCAA